UAUUGACGUAAACGUUCACAAAGUGAUUUAAAAAGGGAGUCUGUCUUUGGUUAAUAAACAACUACGCUCAGUGAAGCAAUAAGGUUCUUUGCAUCAGGGCCCCUGACUCAGGCCCUGGGUGUUUACUGAUGCUCCACUCAGUAUAAAUGUGAGCCUUGGUGGAAGCCACACAUAAACUCUUUGCUCCUGGUAUCAGUCUGAACCUGUUGAUCACAGGGCGUUACUGAUGGCAUACCUGAGGUCACACCUGAGGUCACACCUUGUCAGCUGUUUGAGUGCACCGCCCUGGUGUGGCUUUUUCCUUCCGUUCACCCCGUCUACAGACGGAUAACGAGCGCCUGAGUGCAUCAUGGCUUUGGGUCUCAGUGAGGCUGCACUUAUUUGAACUGAGCUGAGGAGAGGCGGGAGAGGACGGGUGAGCUGGAGGGAUGCCGGAGCCGCCACGACACCGUGCUCCCCCGGGCAGGCGCUCACAGAGCACGGCACGAAGGCUGGAGCCAGUUUAAUUGGGUCCGAGGCUCUGCUGUCAGUCUCCAGUUUGAUGGGAGGGAGGAGGAAGAGCCACCCAGCAGCAGCAUGAGAUUGAUCCAGAGCUCACCCUGACUUCUCCUGACUCGUCUUUAUCGCUCACAUUCAGGCGGUCCCACACGAUGCACUCGGGGAAGAGUAGAGUUGGUCCCGCAGAGUCCGGCUCCUGCAGCCGGAGGAGCGAGGUCGACAUGGGGAGCAGCAGCAGGAGCAGUGAUGGUCGGUGGCCUCUGGCUGCGCGCAAUUUGAACAACUGCAACAACAACGACGGCAAAAAAGAUGAGAAGAAGGAUGAAAAGAAGGAUGAGAAGAAAGAUGAGAAAAAGGAUGAGAAGAAAGAUGAGAAGAAAGAUGAGAAGAAGGAUGAUAAGAAAGAUGUCAAGAAAGAUGAGAAGAAGGAAGAACCAAAGGAAGUGUGGAUCAUGGACCCCGCCACAGACCUGUACUACUACUGGCUGUUGACAAUAUCCAUCCCAGUGUUCUACAACCUGAUGCUCCUGGUGGCCAGGUCUUGCUUUAACGAACUACAGUAUAAAAAUACAACACUGUGGAUGGUUUUGGACUACACUUCAGAUGCCCUGUACUUGUUGGACACUUUUGUGAGAGCCAGGACAGGUUUUCUGGAGCAAGGGCUGCUUGUGAGGGAUGAAAAGGUCCUGAAAGAGAAGUACAUAAAGACUCGUCAGUUCAAAUUAGAUGUCAUUUCAGUUAUUCCCACUGAUAUUAUAUUCUUCCAAAUUGGAAUCAAUAACCCAGAGUGGAGGUUCAACCGUCUCUUCAGGUUAGCCCGACUCUUUGAGUUCUUUGAUCGGACUGAAACUCGAACCAACUUCCCUAACAUAUUCCGUAUUGGUAAUCUCGUACUUUACAUCAUCAUCAUCAUCCACUGGAAUGCUUGCCUCUACUUUGCCUUCUCUAAGGUGCUGGGCUUUGGCUCAGACACCUGGGUGUAUCCAGACAUGAAGAAUCCAGAGUAUGCUCGUCUGGCCAGACAGUACAUCUACUGCUUUUACUGGUCCACUCUCACCUUGACCACGAUUGGUGAGACACCUCCCCCAGUCCGAGACGUCGAGUACUUUUUUGUGGUGGUCGACUUUCUCACCGGAGUUCUGAUCUUUGCUACGAUUGUAGGGAAUGUUGGUGCAAUGAUUUCCAACAUGAAUGCUGCACGUGUAGAGUUCCAGGCUAAGAUUGACUCUAUUAAGCAGUACAUGCAAUUUCGGAAGGUCACCAAAGACCUGGAGGUGAGGGUGGUGAAGUGGUUCGAUUACCUGUGGACGGAGGAAAAAACAUGCGAUGAGAAGCAAGUGCUGAAGAACCUGCCAGACAAGCUCAAGGCCGAGAUUGCCAUCAACGUACACCUGGAGACCCUAAGAAAAGUGCGCAUCUUCCAAGACUGUGAAGCAGGUUUGCUUGUCGAGUUGGUCCUCAAGCUUCAGCCUCAAGUUUUUAGUCCUGGUGACUACAUCUGUAAGAAGGGGGACAUUGGCAGGGAAAUGUAUAUUAUCAAGGAAGGACAUCUGGCUGUAGUGGCAGAUGAUGGGGUUACCCAGUUUGUGGUUCUCAGUGAUGGGGCAUACUUUGGCGAAAUCAGCAUCUUAGGGAUCAAGGGCAGCAAGGCGGGAAACCGAAGAACGGCCAACAUCCGAAGCGUGGGCUACUCUGAUUUGUUUGCCCUGUCCAAAGACGAUCUGAUGGAGGCCCUCACAGAGUAUCCCGACGCGAAAAAUGCCCUGGAGGACAAGGGACGGGCCAUCCUGUUGAAAGAUAACCUUCUAGAUGAGUCGAUGGUCAUUGCGACUGAUGCAAAAGACUUGGAGGACAAAGUCAACAAGAUUGAAGCCAGUAUGGAUGUCAUGUCAACCAAAUUUAAGAAGCUGACGAACCAGUAUGAAUCCUCGCAACGUAAGUUCAAGCAGCGGCUCAGCAAUAUAUCAAACCAGGUCCGAACCGUCAGGGUAGACGAUGAGUAGUGAUUGGCUUGGUACUGCUACCGCCGGGCUUGAGGACUCAUCCGAUGGUAGUGUAGGACUCUUUGUACACACCAAGUGGCGUCAGACCAGCCGUCUCCAUCCAUCACAAACACGUAGAACUACGUAUUGGGCCGGGUAUCUCAAGAUCGUGUAUUGAAAGAUGGUACAUCUUGCUAGAUCAGAAAUAUUCUGAUGUACACUACCAUUUACUUGAUUUUGUUACACAAAAAAUGCAUUUUCAAUUACAAAAGCAUCUGUCAAUGGGUAAAAUAAGCAAUCGGUUAAAUUAACGGUACUACCAGAACCAGAAUGCCUGGAUCGUCCAUAAAAUGCAGUUUUCCCUGCGCACUUGCCCAAGUUUGACAAGAAUACUGUACUUCCUUGAACUGAAAAAGAUGUAUUAUUCAUUUUAAAAUUUUCCAUACGUAGCAUGAUUUCCAAAGCAACGCCGUAAGCAUUUUCAAGAACAGUUGAAAAUAGAUUUUGAAUCACACUAAACACACAUGACACUUGUGAUGAAGUGUAAAAAUGCACAGUUGUAACCUAAUUUUCGAAUGCUCAUAAUAAAAGUUUCAUGAAUGCUU